GAAUUUUCUGCAGCCAACGGCUAUUUGAUGUCUCCGUCUUCCUUCCAGUCGGUAGCCGUUAGAAAUUUGGAGACUACGAACAUAACAGCUCAGCUCCUCGUUUGAAAUAUUGCAUACACCAAGGCGGCAAAAGAGGAGAGGAGGUGAAAAGGCGCUACUCAACAGGUCGAUCCCUAGAUUCUUCACAUCAGACAAUCUAGGAUUCCGAUCGAGAAACUCAGGGCAAGUGCAUCGUGUUUGAUCUUAGUCGUAUUUUCCAUCCUCAGGUAUCAUAGCCAUCAAUGUCUUUCACUCCGGAUCAGCCAAGGAAAAUAGGGCUGGGGAUAACACCAUCUCCUUCUCCCUUUCUUACGCCUCGACCUGAGAGGCGGCGGAUUGAUCCGAGAGGCUUGGAAUGUAAUUCCAGUCGUCAGGACAAAGAUCGUGAGGUUAACGUGCAAGUGAUACUAAGAUGCAGGCCACUAAUUGAUGAAGAGUUAAGAUUGAACACACCAAAAUUGAUCUCAUGUAAUGAACAGAGAAGAGAAGUCACUGUUUUGCAGAGUAUAGCAAACAAGCAAAUAGAUAGAUCUUUCGCAUUUGAUAAGGUCUUUGGGCCCAAAGCACAGCAAAGAUCGAUAUAUGAUCAUGCCAUUUCCCCAAUUGUCAAUGAAGUUCUUGAGGGUUUUAACUGUACCAUCUUUGCUUAUGGGCAGACAGGCACAGGUAAAACAUAUACAAUGGAAGGAGAGACAAAAAGCAAGGGUGGAGAUUUGUCUGCUGAUGCUGGUGUAAUUCCAAGAGCUGUACGCCAAAUAUUUGAUACACUGGAGGCACAAAAGGCAGAUUACAGUAUGAAAGUGACCUUUUUGGAACUGUAUAAUGAAGAAAUUACUGAUCUGUUGGCUCAUGAAGAGCAUAAUAAAUCUGUUGAAGAUAAACAGAAGAAACCAAUUUCUUUGAUGGAGGAUGGAAAGGGUGCUGUAUUUGUAAGAGGCCUUGAAGAAGAGAUUGUGUAUAGUGCAAGUGAAAUUUAUAACCUACUGGAACAAGGAUCAGCCAGAAGGCGCAGUGCAGAUACCUUGUUAAACAAGCAUAGCAGCCGCUCACAUUCUGUAUUUUCGAUAACAAUCCAUGUGAAAGAAGCAACUGUAGGGGAUGAGGAGCUAAUAAAAUGUGGCAAACUUAAUCUCGUUGACCUAGCAGGCUCAGAGAAUAUUUCUAGGUCAGGUGCACGGGAGAUUUUCCAGGUUAGAGCAAGGGAAGCAGGGGAAAUCAACAAGAGUUUACUCACCCUUGGCCGUGUUAUAAAUGCAUUGGUAGAACAUUCUGCUCAUGUACCAUACAGGGAUAGCAAACUGACAAGGUUGUUAAGAGACUCUUUGGGUGGGAAAACAAAGACUUGUAUCAUAGCAACAAUUUCUCCAUCAGCCCAUUGUUUAGAAGAAACUUUAAGUACACUAGAUUAUGCCUACCGUGCUAAAAGCAUAAAAAACAAACCAGAGGCAAAUAAAAAAAUGUCAAAGGCUGUGCUUCUCAAGGAUUUGUACUUGGAAAUUGAGAGAAUUAAACAAGAUGUACGAGCAGCAAGGGAAAAGAAUGGUGUUUAUAUUCCUCAUGAAAGGUUUUCCCAGGAUGAAGCUAAUAAGAAGGCAAUGAAUGAAAAGAUAGAACAAUUGGAAAUUGAUCUAGACCUCAAGGGAAAGGAAGUUGACACAUUUCGAGAGCUCUACCUUUCUGAGCAAGAACAAAAACUGGAUUUGGAAAGUGAGCUCAAGGAAUGCAGGAAAGAUCUGGAGAAUAAUAAAAAGGCCUUGCAAGACCUUGAAGAGAACCACAGUAUAGCCAUGUCAAUACUGAAGGAGAAGGAGUUCAUCGUCUCAAGUCUAUUGCAAUCAGAGAACUCCAUAAUAGAAUGGGCAAAGGAUUUACGUGCCAAUUUUCAAAGUGCAUCAGAGGACAUAACUGCACUGUUUGCCAAAAUAGAUCAGAAGAAUAGGAUGGAAAAAGAAAACCAGGAAUUGCUUCUGACAUUUGGGGCUUGUCUUGAUCAGAACUUGAAAAGUUUGCACAAGACAGUCCUAGGGUCAGUUUCUCAGCAGCAUCAACAGCUAAGAUGCAUGGAAGAACAUAUCAGCUCAUUCAUUGCAAGUAAAUGUGAUGCAUCCAAGGUCUUGGAAUCACGGAUUAAUAAGACAAAAGACAUACUUAUUUCAGGACUGAGGGAAAUGAAGGAGCUUGUGGCUUCAUUGCAGAAGAAAGCUUCUGCUGACCUGGAACAAAUAAAAACAACAAUUUCUACACAAGCAAUUAAUGUUGAAAAUUUUUUGGUCAAUGCGGUGUUGGAGUCUGAGGAGGUUAUUUGUGAUAUCCAGAGUUCCCUUGACGAACAAAAACAAUUAUUGGCUUUCUCUGCUAAAAAACAAGAGGAGGGACUGCAAAGGAGUUUGGCUUCAACACGAGUAAUUUCAGAGGCAACAAUUGGUUUUUUCAAUAACUUUCAUCAACAUGCUUGUAAACUUAUUGCAGUUAUUGAAGCAUGCCAAACAGAAAGAUCUCAACAGCUCACAUCUUUUGAGAGGAUUUUUAAGGAAGAGUGUGCUAGGGAGGAGAAACUGGCACUUCAAAACAUUGCAGUAACAUUAGCAAAUUUAACAGCUAAGAAAACAGCUAUGGUUUCAGAGGCUUUGAGAAACAUGAGUGAUACAGGUAUUGAAGAGAAGAAAAGAUUGCAUGAAGAGAUUUUCAACAUGCAGAAAUUUUCAACUGAUGCUAAGAAGGAGUGGAAUGAAUAUGUAGAAAAGGUACAAGAGCAUUUUCUGGAAGACACAUUCUCAGCAGCUGAGACCAGGGCCAGAAUGGAUCACAUGAUCCAAGAAUGCUUAAAGAGGGUGGGGUAUUCUAGACAACAGUGGGGAAAUGCUCAGUUAUCCAUCAACCAACUUAAUCAAAUAAGUGUUGAAGAGAUGGCAUCUAUCAUAAAGGAAAAGAUUUGUGGAAACCACACUGUGCUUGAAGACUUUAUCUCCAUAUCCUCCUCUACUGAUGUAAAAUUUAAUUCUAGUGCUUGUGAUAUGCUGGAAUCUGUUAAUGAUUCCCUGGUGCUGGACCAUGAAACUAAAAAGGAGAUGGAGUUUAUAUCAACCUUAUGCUUGGAUCAGAUUAAAUCAAUUCAAAUAAACCAUGCUGAAAGCAUAUUAGACAUCAGAAACCAGGCAGAAAAAUGCCUGAGGAAAGAAUACUCGGUUGAUCAUCCAUCUAGUACACCAAAGAGGCGAGCAUUAGCGCUUCCUACUUUGGCGUCUAUUGAAGAGUUGAGGACACCCGCUUUCCAAGACCUGAUUGCAAAAAUGAGAUUAAUGGAUAAAUCAAAAGAGUUGAGCUCUGAAGGAAAGAUCCAGCAGCGGCACCAACACUCUUACAUGGACUCACCUAAUAGAACUCCUUUUGCAGCUGUUAACUGACAAGCAGAAAAGGCAGAGAUGAAAGCUGCGAUGAAGUAUCAUGAGACUUUGACAACACCCUUGAGGCCAUGAUGAGAAUGAAACAAUUCUGACCAACUCAUCAACUGAUGAGUAGGAAAUGGUCGUAUGCAAUACAGUAUUUAACAGAACUCCUUUUGCAGCUGUUAACUGACAAGCAGAAAAGGCAGAGAUGAAAGCUGCGAUGAAGUAUCAUGAGACUUUGACAACACCCUUGCAGAUUUAACACUCUUGAUGAACUUGCUCAUUAAGAGCAGAGAGGGAUGGUACUGUUGGGAUUACAUAUGUAUGAUAUUUAUCUUUUAAUAAUUUUGAUAAUAAAUCUGCAAUGUGCAACCAACUUUGAAAUCACA